AUGACUACUCGUCGGGAGAAAGGGAUUUUCAAAAUGGCGGUGGCCCGCACAAGAGCGAUGGUUUCGGAGAGUUUUGAUAGCUUUGUGGCCCCUGUGAUCCAAAAAUCCGUUCCUAAUCACCUCUUGGAAACAAGUAAGAAUAUAAGAAAAUAAAAGAAAAUGAUUCUAGUCUUCCUAGGACAAAUAUUUGUUGGGAUUUUGACGGUGAUAUUUUUGACACUCAAACUUUGUUUCUGUAGAAAUUUAUGCCAAAGUUGGCCAAAACUCGAUUGUGCAAGUCAGACCAUCGGUGAUUCACUUUGCUGGAUUUCAAGUUGGUAAAAAAGCUACUCGAACCCUUGUAAGUAACGUAUUUUAUAUAUUUUUAGUUUAAUUUGCAUUUUAUACCGUUAGAAACAGAUUUCUUUUGUUGCUUGCAAUUUUACAUUGAAGGCUUAGCCCUGAUCAGCGAGAAUAUUCUUAAUUUUUUUUCCUCUAUUUUCAUUUGCCCUUAGAGAUUAGCAAAUGUUGCUGAUGAAAGCCAAAGAAUGCACAUCCUUCCACCAUCAACAAAGUAUUUUUACAUCAAAUACACAAAAAAGGUAAGCUUAUUAAUCAGCUUAGGUAAUUUUAUUUACUCAUCAUAUUCAUUGUUAUAUUUUAGAAAAUAUAAUAGUUUUGUUAGGUUUACUGUAUGCAGGCCUGUGAUAGCCAAUAAGAACUACCCCUAGCAGAGCUGUUGUUGCACUUUGAGGUUUUGAUUUUUUAUCAUUUUGUCUUUGUUAUUUCGUAGGAAAAGCUUGUUCCAGGAAUGUUUAUUGAAGUGGUUGUUGAGUUUACCCCAGAUGAAUGGAGAUACUAUUAUGACUGCAUUCGAAUUCACACCAAGGUACAGUUUGAAUAAACCUCGUCUUGAAUGAGUGCAAUACAGUUUGCUGCCAUUAUAAUUCUGAUGCUGUAGUUUCCAAAUGUAAUACAUGUACAAUGAAUUUUGUUGUCCAGGCCCCAGUUGUUCAAAUACACUCUUUUUUUUUUAUAAGAAUGUAUUUUAUAAGAAUAUCGAGGCUGAAAUUUGCGAAAUUUUAAGAAUAUUUUAAGAAUAAAGCCGAGGCUGAGUGAGAUUUUGAAAAGGAUAGAUAUAAUUUUGUGUGUUGAAACAUCUUUAAAUACAAUACAAUUUUAUGUUUUUCACUUAACCGUGUAAAAUUAUUCCUUUCUCUAAACGGCGAAACUAGCCAACAAAAUGAAAAAACCUGCACUAGCUAUAGCAAAAUGUUCAACGCUAAUGACAGUUCGAUGAACGGUACAUGUAAUACACAUGUACAGUAUUCAGCACAGAUCUAGAUACCAAACACUUGUAAUUGAUACCCCAAUAAAUUCUAAAACGGAAAUGUCAUAAGCUAUAAUUUAAGAAUAAUACAAGAAUAUUUUCAGCCUAAAAUCGGCAGAAAAAUAAGAAUAUUCAGCCUGGGCCGGAAAAACAAUAUUCUUAUAAAAAAAAAAGAGUGUAUUGGAUAGUACUAAUCCACCGGAUAAACCACCAUCCAGUAGCUGAGUAUUUUAGGGAACCAAUUGCGUUAUCUACUGUAUAAAUUAUAUCCAAUGGAUAGCACUAUCCAAUGUUUAAACAACCAGGACCUGAUUUUCAGGAACAAUGCAUUUUUUUUUCAGUUUUAGUCAUGCCAAGAAUCAGUAAAAGAGUCCAGAUGGGAAUUAAACCUAAAAAAAAAAGUGAAAAUUAAAAAAUUAAACCUUGUGCUGACCUACAGCAUCAGCCCAACUUGCAUUCAUAAAUCAAGAAUUGUAUAGUUUAAUAGCAUCAUUGUAUAAGUAAAGGGUGUUAUUCUCAACAUAGCGAAGUGAUAUUGUGGUCUCUGUGUUACUGUUGUUGUUUAAGGCCGAGGAAAACCUCAUAAUUCCUGUUCAUGCUUAUCCUGUGAUGAAUACAGAUGGAUUUCCCAGAGAAGUUCACUUUCCUUUGGUUCCAUUGGGUGAAAAGUAAGAUAAAAAGCAGAAAUAUAUGGUAAAGUUAUGAUGUCUAUGUAUGACAUUGAUAAAUGUUCAUUAAAUGCUUAAGAAUUUCAUAAGGAUAACAUUUUAAUCAAGAGCAAGUCAUCAGGGAGAGCUGUGAAGCUACCUUUUCGAACAAAACUACAGUUAUUUUGUAGGUCAAUUUUGUCAAAAUUAAAUUCAGGCUGAAAUUUUUCAAUUUUGGUUCAUUCUCAGCUUCCUUUGUCUCAGUUAACCCCAAUCAUAAAAUUAUUAAAGAGUUCUGAGGUAACAAGACAAACUGAAAAGUACACUAGGUUACAAAAUUUUGACUUGAAUUUUACUUUAAUUGACUUAUAAUGGAUACCAGUACAUGUAUAUAUACAAGACUGGGAUUUGGCUGUUGUGUUUACAGUAACAUUAUGUAUUUCUUUUCCAGGAUCACCCAUGUGAUUCCUCUCAAGUGCAGUAUUCCUGUUGAUUUUGAGUUUACAUUGAGUCAUGUACAGACACACCCUGCUUUUUUAGUGGAUCCUAUGUCAGGUAACACAGUAUUGUACCACUCAAUUAGAAGUUGAACUUGUGUUAUGACUGUAUCUUGUGGGAUCCAUGAUGAAAAAUCUAUGCUCUACAAAUAAUAUUAUUGAGCAUAGCAAAAGUUACCCUGUGAGCAGAGGCUACAUUUUCGCUGUUUGAGCUGUCAUGUGAAAAGAAGCCUCUGCUGACAACUGUUCAAAUCUGUCCAGAAAUCUGGACAAAUAAAUUAAAAAACCCGGGUUUUUUCCCUGUUCUUGACUGGUUUAGAGCAUUGCAUGAGUCUUGUGUGAGCCUUGCUCAGCAGAUCAGAGUUGUCGCAACUGUUUUAUUCCAGUGAAACUCGUGCCAUUUGACAACACACCUGACGAUUAAUUUGUUCGCGAAUCGCAAUGACAAAUUUUGCGCAUACACAAUAGAAAAUUGAACAGUUGUCAGCAGAGGCUACUUUUUGCAUGCCAGCUCACCCAGUGAAAAUGUAGCCUCUGCUUGCAGGGUAAGCAAAAGUUGUUAUCAUGAUAUAAAUUUGCGGGCUUCCUUUAGGUAAAGUAAAAUUAAUUUACGUGUAAGUGGCGUAUCUAGGGAAGGGCCCCUGCAGGUCCCCUUAUUUUUGACGACAUCUAAGGUAUUGUAGUUCAUUUGGCCUGUAAGGAUCCCCACCUUUCUCAACUCAACCUCUGGAUCUGCUGUUGAUUUAUGUUAGCCAAAUGUUAAAAGCUGUGUUACUAUCCUUGAGGUAAACUAAAGGUGCAAUGUUUCCUUAUCACAUCUAUAUACUGCUGUAUAUGAAUAAUGAUAUAUUGUUAAUAUUUGCUGUGGUGGACUUGAAACUGGUCAAUUAUCCUGGCAGACACCUUAUAAACAGUAGUUAAUUACAAAAAUGUCUGCAUGUUUUAUUAAAUUGCAAAUAUUCUUUCAAAUAAUUAUGUGUGCUAUAUUAUUAUUAUUUUGUAGAUCUUUUAACUGAUUUAUGUCAAGCCCAUACAUUCUUUUUUAAUUUUUUAGGAAUUGUGAGAGGUAAUAGUGAGGUGGAAAUUAAAGUGACUUUCGCACCAAUGGAUUUUUCUACAGCUCAUAUGAAACUUCAGGUGAGAUUACUUAAUGGAUAAUCAUUGCAUGAAUUCACAGUUGAUAGCUAUUGUUUGUAAGAUGGAACUCAGAACCUAAGAAGAGCACAAACAUACAUUCUACUGACUAAUAAUGGCUGCCAUUUUUGGCUAUUAAUUAUUCUAAUUGUAAAUUGCACCAUAUUCAAGUUUCCUCUUAAAAAAAUGACCAUACAUGCCAUUUGUUGGGCUUUAAUUUAGACUGGUGCACCCAUUCUUUAAGACUUAAAUUGUCUGUUGAAUGAGCAUUUGCAAACUUUUUACUGUUAUUUCUUACUGUAGCUAAUGGUAUCCCAAUUCAAUAUGGCUCCUCUUGUCUGCUCUUUUACUGGAACAUCAGAACCUGGACUAACAAAGAGGUUUGUUCAUCUUUGGCCUAUAUGCCACACUGUUUAUGCCCACUGAUGAAUAUUCUUGUUCUUACAGGUUUCUUAUAGUUUCUGGAGAUAUUUUUCCUAAAAAGUUCAGUUCACAUUUAGUGAUUUUUUUUUUCAUUCUUGGUAUCCACUUUAUACUUGUAAUGUAAAAUGUAUCAAAGUGAAUUUGUCCCUGUUCCUUUAUCACUAAAUGAGUCUGAACUAUUGACAUGCUAAAUUUUUGGUUUUUUGGGCCACUGAAAGCACAUGUACACUUGCAUUAUGACCAGUAAUUUCAAACCAAUUGGCUUUUUAGGGUUAGGAGAGCUGCUUAAUGACUCAGGCCAUUAUGACUGCCUGUUUUAUUUCUAUUUCCAUCUCAGUUAUACCUGUAAGUUUUAUGAGACAUGUCAUGUUGGUCAUCUGACUCUCACUCUAAUAUCCCCCUACUUUUGGCCAAGGAAUAUGUUGUCAUUGUUUUAGAGUUUUCAGGUUUAAUCAGUAUAUGGUACCUAAAAAUGUCAUUUACUGAUCACAUAGCAGUGAUACAAAUGCAAAGUAGUGGUAAUAUUACUUUUGUCACCCAUUGCAAUGUUCUAGAAAAUCCAUUUCCACCUUGUGGAUGGUCUUUGGAAAUUUUGAGGGGGAGCGGAGACCUUAAGGCCAAAAUCCUAAGGGAAUUAUUAUUUUUUAAUGUGAAAUUUCCAGGAGGGGUGAGGGGGGAGAUUGAAAUUAAAAACCCUGUUUGGGAGAGCUUUUUUUGGAACAACUCAAUUUUUUUUAUUUAAUGAAUACCCUUGCAAUUAUUGCAUUUUACAGAUUAAAAUCCAAGGAAUGGACUGAGGAAUUGCCCCCUCUUCCACCCAGUGGAGUGUUGGAUCCACUUUUGAUUGAUCCUCUUGGUAGAACAAGACUAAAGAAACUAAAAACUAGACUGUGGACUCCAGGAGAAAAUAAAACACAGGUGGGCAGAAUAAAAGCAAAUGUGUUUUACAGGCCAUCAUGUCCUUUUGCUGUCGUAUUUGUGGUCAUCUAUACCUGGGGGUACUCCGUAUAAUGACCUUUACAUGUAUGGGGACGUUCUGCCCAAAAGGGGUAUCUUUUUCAGGCUUCAGGUAUAUGAAAGGGUGGGGAAAUCUGUCAGUCUGUAAAAAGGCCCAGAAGGGUUAAAAAGAUGAAUUUUAUGGCUGUGAAAAAGUUGGGAAAACAUUCUGGUUUAUAGUUUAUUCAUCUGUUAAGAAAAUGUAUUUACACAAGCAGUUAAAACUAGGUACAUUCAAACCUCUUUUAAUAAUACGAACACCAAAGGGAAAGAACCAAGUGUCCACUUUACAGAGGUGUCCGUAUUAUAGAGGUAGGGAAUGUAUGAUUUUUGGAAUUUCUCGGACCAAACGAACUGUCCGUAAUAAUGAGGUGUCCAUAUUACAGAGGUGUCUGUAAGGAGAGGUUACACUGUAUAUAUGUGAAAGGUGUACCAUUUGUCAAUAGAGGGUAUAUGAAAGGGGUACGUCUUCUGUCAAGAAUGGUGUAUAAAAAGGUUAGGGGUUGGACCUCAGGGCAGAGCCUCCCCGUAUGAAACUUUGUCGAAUAUUCCCCCUUUCCGUGGCAUCUGUAUCACUUGUAGGGUAUCCUUGAGAGGGAGGUACCCUUGCCAUUGGCGUUGGUGACUUUACUUUAAGAUUUUGGUUAUUGGUGCAGUCACAAACACAACCCACAAAAUACUCUGCAGACCCUGUCUUUGUUGUCUAUCAACUGAGCUUGUCCUGUGGUAGUUAAACUGUUUAUUGUACAUUAUCAAGAGAGAAUAAGCUAGAUUAUUCUCUCUUGACAUUAUACAUCACGAUGUUUUUUCUCCGGGUAGUCCGGUUUCCUCCUCUCCUCCAAAACCAACAUUUACAAAUUCCAAUUCGACUAGGAAUCAGAACCACUUAGUGGAUGUGCUACAACUAACUCAUUAUUUAUUUAUUUAUUCAAUGUCAUGAAACCAGUCCAUAGUAAAUACUAUUUACCAUUGAUGAAUCAUGGCCCUUUUUUUACUUUUUUAUCCACAGGAAGUGGUCAAAGAUGGAUUGAGAUUUCCUGCUGUGGGUCUUGAUAAUCCAUCAACAGUGUCAUGUAUUUUGCUGCAACAACCAGGAAAACUGAAGGCUAAACAAAUUAGAGAAGGUAAGGAGAAGGCAAAGAGUUUUGCAGCCAUCACACUUUGUUGCCUAUGUGAUAAAGCGAGUGAAAUUCAAGAGCCAUAAUGUUUUUCCUUGCAGCUGUUCAGGCUCAAAAAGAUGUAACUGGCAGCACAAAACAGAUGAAAGUAAGUGCAGAAAUCUUCCUUAAUGCAGGGUUCGUAUGGGUCAUAAAACCUGGAAAAUAAUGAAAUUAAGAAUUUCAUUUUCCAGGCCUGGAAAACCAUGAAGUUUAAUUGCUGAUUGUGGAAAGUUAUGAACAAUUAAAAUUAUGUUUGGUAAAUUAUUUACUACAGAUGUCAAAGCAAGGACAAUGUAAGAUAGAGAUGUCGAAUAAUAAUGCGGAUGGCAGGCAUUUUGGUGGACACCAGCGUUUGUGUCUGUUUAACUGGGUUUGGUAAAAAAAAUUCGCUAAACAAGGAAAGUUUUGAAAUUUUUGAGAGCUGACAGCUAAACCUAAGAAUGUUGAAAACUUUAAAAGGUCAUGCAAAGUAACUCUACAGGGGCAUAGCCAGGAUUUUUUCAGAGGUGUGCACAAUUUUCCAAAUCCCCGUGCAACCCCCCCUCCCUCGCACCCCCUGCCCAAACUCCAAAAUCUGUACCUUGAUUCAAGGCGAGGUUGUGAACCCAAAAAGGCGGCAUAGACUUUUACAACUUACUUAAAAGUAUGGUGUAAAACUCUAUGUCUCCCUUUUGGGUUCAAUGACUAAAACACGUCAAUGGCUUAUCAUUAAUUAUGCCAACAAACUAGUGGUCAGACUUUUACUUACAAACUAGUGAUAAUGCUACAGUCAUGUACCUAACUUUCGCCUGUGAUCAACACUACAGCAGUCUUGUGUGGUCCAUUCUUAAACUGUUUUUCUUUGCUUUCAUAAGAAAAUUGACGCAAUUACAAAACGUUCCAGUUUUUAUUUUUGUUUGUUUUGAGUCUUUCACUUACUCAUUACAGAAUCAAAAAUUUCCUUUCCAAGUGUAUAGUGACGGAAUUUUGAUUUACCCCUUAGGUUAAUUGACAGAGAAUAAUGUGGACUUAGCCAAGCCUAAAAAUUUAUAGACUGACCUUUUACAGUGUACAGUGGUUAUUGAAUUUUGAUGGGUGAUGAAUUUGAGCCGGCAACAACACCUUUGAUGUUAGCCGAUCACCCAUUUUGACAGCUGUUAAAUGGAAAGGACAGGAGGGGGUCAUUUGAUUAAGAAAAUACUUUCUCUAAUUCAUAAAUAAUUCAUAAAGAAAAUACAAAGGAAAUUGAUGUUUAAUGAGUGUUUGGAAAUCAGAUGAAAAUGUGCUCAUUUUUGCGUCCUUAAUUUCUCCUUCUAAAAUCAUUUUGUUUGAGAAGUAAUAUCAAGUAAUAUCAAGCACAGUGAUUCAUCACCAGAUGAAACACCUCGAAGUUCGUCAAAAAUACUCCGCUGCGCGUCGUAUGUUCAACUCUCUUCUCAUCUCAUGCUUGAUAAGUAUGUGUAAUCAAAUGGUGACGAGUGAAAUUAUUCCUUAAUUUCACGAGUAUACCAUUUGAUUACCUAUUAAUAUCACGGGUGACGAAUUACGUUAGCAAUCGAGGAUUUUUGACUUGUUUAUCCUGGAUCGUAUCGAUCGAUCGUGAACUCCACUCUCUCAAACGUUUAGAGCUAAAAUUUGGCUUAAGUUUUCAGAAUUUUUCGACAACAUACCUCCAAGAAUCCUUCUUGAUGUGCUCUUUCGUGUGUUCAUGUUUUCUAAAGCGUUUUUUUAUGCUCUGACAUCUUCAUUCAUGACAUUUUAAAACUUCCUCGCCAUCUUGAAACGGAGACGUACAGUAUGUUGCCAUGGCAAUUUAGUAAUUUCACAUGUGAAAUUACAAAUUAACGCUGAAAUUUCGCGCCAAAAUUAAGGAGUAAUUCGUCACCUAUGUUAUUAAUUGAGUAAUUUUGAACUUUUCCUCCUAACGUAACUGGUUCUUCUGGACAAGAAAAUAAUGGUAUUGCAUUACACAGAAACAGUUGUGAGUGAACAAGCCCUCUGGGAAUAUUUGUUAAGUAUUUUAAUUAUCUACUCUUUAAUUUCAUUGCAAAGGAAACGAAGUUUGAAUAUGAAGUCCAUCAAAACAUACAAGAGGAAAGACAAAACCAGCUUAGAUGGUAAGUUACAAAGUUCUCUGCUAAGAUUUUAUACAUGUUUGUAAGAAAUUUUUAGGGACCUUACGAUCCGACGACGGUGACGGAGAUUGCAACAAGAACGUCAAAAUGGCAAUAGGUUUGAAUAAGCAAAACAACAACCUAGCCUGCGAGUAAGCUCCCCAAUUAUGGCGAGCGAGGCGAGUUGCGAGAGAACGCGCGAGUGACUCUCGCGUGACUUCUCGAGAUUCCUCCGACAACGUGGCCUGCGAGUAAGCUCCCCAGUUAUGGUGAGCGGGGUGAGCAGCGCGACAACGCGCGAGUGACUCUCGUGUGACUUCUUGAGAUUCCCCAAAAUGCCCACAGACUAAACAACAACAGUGCACGCACAUCACACUAGUUUGUACAUUUCUUUAAGGUCACAGCAAGACUACGACGUGAAAAUGCCUAAUUUCACAUUUUAUGGAGGACGGAAACCGAACCACAACGAGUUUUUCUUUCUCAUUCUGAACUUGGAUGUGGUUCUUAGGAGUUCAACUCCAGAAGAGUUCGCUAACAUUUGACAAAGUAAUGGAGUUGAAAUAAUUAAAGCAAAGUUUUCGCUGCCGUCACCUUCCUCAGAUCUGAGGUCUCUUUUGACAAGUUACUAAACUGCUGAUGGUUUUAUCAUUUUUUGCCCAUCUGAUUAUUUUUUUCUGUUGAGUCUUAAAAGUUCAAAUGAAUAAAUAUUUUCAUGUGCUGUGUCAUGCUGGUUUAUAUGGUAGUUCGUGUUGUUUAUAUCAGGUGCGUGAGGUUAGGUGAAGAUCCAAUCUCAGAUGCUACCAGAAAACAAAUCUGUGAGACAAGAACCCUUACUGAACAAGAAUAUAGGGUAAAUACAAUUUGAUAGCUUUUAAGCCAAAGUGAAACUUGUUGGUAGACUGAACGUGUUCUUACGCGAGAGACUCCUCUCACCAAUGCGUCACACCCUUUCUGUUGACACACUAACAUACAGUGCGGAUCAGUUAAGAUCAAACUUUCGACGUAUUAAAUCGUGUACCUUAAUCGAUUUCUUCAAGAACGCCAAGUUAAGCUAGUUUUAUACACCUGCGUUAAGCGAUAUGUUCACUCGGACCAAGAGAAAAUGCGUUCGGACUGCUUUGAGCGUUACCACAACUUUCAAACAGUCCGAAAAUCUGCUAAUUGGUGGAGCGCCGUAAAAGGAGACGCAAUCCAAAUGCAGCGCGCUUAUUUUCGAAAUGUAAUUCAAGUUAUUUUUCUUAGAUAACGAAAGCUUAAUAUAAAUAUCUUCUCUUUAUUUUCUUAUGGAGCUUAAACAACCACGAUGAUGAGGGUAACGAAAACGUCUAAGAAAAAAAAAAAUGGUCAUGUGAGAUAAUCACAUAACCAUCACACUUUUACUUUGUAUUCUUUGACCCACACUGCACGACUACGACGUGAAACUUCCUUAUGCGGGGUUUUAUGGAGGACGUGAACGUACGACGACGAAUUUUCCUUCUUCUUUUUGAACUUGGAAAUAGCUUUUAAGAAUUCACCUCCAGGAAAAGUCGCCUAAAAAUUGAGAUAAUUUGAGCGAGGCCUAAUAAACUUGAUAAAGUUUAAAGAACGGAAAUUAGUUUUAUAGUGAUGCCUUACCUGUCUUCAUCGUCGUGGCUUCUUUAACUCCCAAUAUUUUAAUAUUUGAUACUUAAUUCGCGUCAAUAUGGGUUUGUCACUAAUUUAACUUGUCCUUAUGAACUUUACAGCUUAAACGCGGUGAUCCAGUGACAGAAGUGGAAUACGAUCGAUCGUGCGUUGGCUGUGAGAUGAGGAGAAUACACAGACGCGCUAAUGAAGUAAGUUAUAUUUUGAGUAGCCUGCCGGCAAGCUAUCCCCUUCGAGUGGCGACAGGAGCCGACAGCGAAGUGAGCCGCGCGAGAACACGCAGUGUAACUUCUCACGAUAUCCCCCAAUUGAAAAGCUUGCUCGCAGGCUGUAUUUUUGAGGGAGUUAGUACUGUACUGAGUCUGUACUGGUAAAACUUUUGUCGAAACUUUCACCCGGCAUUUAUGCUUAUACUUUGUUGUUGUUGUUGUUUUCACAUUUUGUUUAGCCUGUUCAAGGCGUUCAGAGCUCGGCUAAAAAAUUGACGAGGGAAAAAUAAAGCGGAGACUAGAGCGAAAAACCUGGGCUCUCUCCCCUCGCUUUGCUUUUGAGCUCUACGAGUAUGAUUUGACUCACUUCCUACCACAUCAACGCCUUCAUUAGGCCACAUUUUGUGUGCUGGAAACAUUCCAACGUCUACUAAAUGCCUGUAUAAAAAUUGCCGUUCUGACAUCAGAUGUGAUUCUAACAUAAUGCCAAAGAUGGGAUUAUGAUAGCCUGCGAAAACAGCCGUUUCUCCCCGCUCUCUGAGUCGCAGACGUUCCUCCCGCGUGAAACGUCCCCAGCGGUGAAGAGCGAGGAGAAACGGCUGUUUUCGCAGGCUAGGAUUGUGAUGGUGUUAGAUUUAUUCCUUUUAAGGUGAGACGGAACAUGGACGAAAGCUACCUUAUCUUUUCUUAUUGUCCCUAAAUAAUGUACAUUUUUGUUCAAUGCUUUCACAGAUAGCAGAACACGAGCCCAGAUUCGAUCUUCUUGUGAACGAUGAGUGGAGCAAAAGACACAUGGUGAUACAGAAGUUUGUUCAAGCAGGAAGAAAGGUAAAACAUGCCAGCAUAUGCCAUCACUCUUCGCAUUAACUUCAUCUGGGUCGGUUAAUUUUCAGUCUUCCCUUGCAUUAUUUUUCCCACUAACCUGAUGGACGCCCCAGGCAGGUUCUAACCACAGUAUUUUUUUAAAACGCUCUUCAGGGGCUUUUUCAUCUGAGAAGUACAUUAUUUUUUUGCAUUAACACACAGGGUUUUUUUAAACUUUCGAACAUGCGUUUUGUCGGUUGUUCAUCAGGCCCGGAUUGUUCAAACGUUGGAUAGCACUAUCUAGUGGAUAAGUAUUAGGUAAUCCAAUUGCACUAUCCACGGGAUAGCGAUUUAUAUAUCCGGUGGAUAGCGCUGUCCACCUUUUGAACAACUGGGGCCAACAUCCUUAGCUUUUCACAGCUAUCCAUUCUCGACCUGCUCAAUAGUUGCCGACCGUGGCCUAGGAUCAGCUGGUUACGGGUCAGACAGGAAAGAAGAAACAUUUACAAAAAUCAAAACUUGAUUAAACUUUAACUUUACCAAUUGUAUUUUUUUGUCUGCUGUGCUUGUUUUUUCUCAUGCAAUAUUUGUGAGAUGCAAAAGUCACUGCGUUUGCAGCUGCACGAGCGCGCGAAAUCUAUCGCGCGCGCAGUAGAAACUUGUGCUGCUAUUAUGAUGUCAUAGGUUUUGCUUUUGAAUUCACCGAGCCGAAAGCAUUUGAGAGGCACAAAACUUACUUUGUUUGAACAGCAUGCAGCUUUGCGUUUUAUAUGGUCUUUUUUGCGCUUUCAGACUGAGCCCUGCAGAAAUGUUUUUAGGAUUCAAUGAGACUUAGUUUUUCACCCACAGUAUGCAAAGACAACUGUGUGACUUAAAUGCAUUUUGACGGAGUGGCCUCGAGAAAAUAUGGAGAGUUCUUCAUCCUUUCACCCAACCGCUCUUUGGGUUUCACUGUUUCGGUGGAGGUUUCUUCUAAGACAAGCUUACCUUAAGCUUGACUGAUAUUUAACCUGUUCGGCGAUGUUUUCUAUUUCGUUUUAGGUUAUAGUGAGGCUAAGGGCAAGCAAGCAUUUAAAUUCUUUAGGAGAGUUUGUCACGGACUGGAGAAAAGGCAAAUUCACUCGGGAGCAUACAAGUAAGUGUUUAUUAACCUGAUGCAAAAGUUAGUUCGUGGAUGCAUUUAAAAAUGUAUUUUGCUUUAAUACAAUGAUAUAAAAAUUGCUAAUAGACUGUACGCGGUUUGUUAACAAAGGACAAAUUCAGGUCCCGACAAGUAAGCAACAAAUACAGCUUACGUUUAUCGCAUCUUGUAAUUUGUUUAACGUGUAAAAUCAUUCUCGCCAUCACCCUAGACAUAUGCUGUACAUUGACUUUGCCCGAAGAAAUCUUAUUUUUCCUUCUUGAAUUUUUGUAUUGUUCACCCAGGUUUGUUUUGUUUUUGUUUUUGUUUUUUUGUUUCUAUCUCGCACUGCUUGCGUUGAGAGUUUUUUUGGUCAUUUCUUUGUAGGAAGCCAACUCGCCGAGAGUGAAGGAGAAAAGUUAUUUGAUGAAGUCGGGGUACCGUUACAAAUUCAGUCUGCGUCUAUCUUCCCGUUUUCGUUCCCUUCUUACAAGUCUCCUGACAUGAAAGAUGACAUGGUUAGUCCUACAUAGUCUUACCGAACUCAGUUUUAUUUUGAACAUUGCCUUCAAGUGCGUAAGAAAGAAAGUACUUGACAAUAGAGCGAAGGUCCGUAGUGGGUUCAUUCAUAAAGGUUAUGAGAGCCCAUAUAAAGCAAAGCGACUGACAUGAAACGUAAACGUCUUGUUCGCACUUAUAUCUGAAGGUCGCUUAUGAGUUUUCAAAGUCAGACUCCGCUCCAAGGCCAAGAAACAAAAUGUAUAUUGUGCUUAUUUAAAUGACAUGCCCAAGAAUAACCGUCUGACAGACUCGUUGGUGUAUUUUUUUCGUAUAGAGCGAAAGCAAAGUAUUUUCUGAGUGUUAUCAUACUUGUUUUUCAACAGGAUGUCGAUGCGCUUGGUACCUUGAACGUUCAACCAACCGUGGUUAAAGUGAAGACGCAUGUUCCUUAUUAUAACUUAAAGGUAAUUCCUGAAUGCAAUAUAAUAAAAAAUUGGUUGUUGUGAAGUUUGUUUGAAAAUAUGAGACAUAAACUAUCUGUGAAGUUCGUUUCGAAGCGAAACAAACGGUAGUGUGGUGAUUAUCGAUUAGGGGCAGCCAACGACUGUUUCCUGUAAAAUAUCUCUGAUUGUUUAGAAUUUUCUUUAGUUCAGAUUAGAUUUAUAGUUUAGAUUUCUAGAUGACUGUUCCAUUCAAGUGCAAUUUUCUAAGAUUAUCUAAUAAAUCCCUCACGAUUUUCUAAAGUCUAAUUUUUCACAUUUCGCUUCUCAGGUUAAGCUAUUUUUCGUCGAAAAAAGAAAAUCUAAAUUUUCGGAUUCAAAAAUGUGAUGAAAAGAGGAAUUAGUAAAAUUCUCACUUUCGUAAUACGUUGAAUGACAUCUAAAAUUUUCGGGAGAAUAAUACUGAAGCCCUUGUAAUUUCGAAAAGACUCAAGUUCCCCUAGGAUGACCGAACAGAUACAAAUUUUAUAGCUCCUCUUAGAAUGCAUUUCUAGAGAUCUAAAAGUACUCUGGAGAACCUUAUAAGUGUUUUCAGUGUAUUUAGGAGGAAACCGUCCUUGGGUGCCUCUGCAUAGGGCGGGUCAAGGAUAUGAGUCGUGGGGUUUUUCAGUUUCGGGUGCGGGAAAGUUUGAAAAUCCUGGAAAUUUAAAUUUAUUUGGGAUACAUUAGUAUACUUUGCACUCUUGGCGACUAUGAUUGCAAAGAGGAAAGGUCCUCAACUCGCAUCUCAGUCUUGCUUAUAUUAAAAACAGCAGUCUCAAACCUCACUUUGAUCGCAAGUUCAAAUUGUAGCUCUGAACUUGAAUACAUCACUAGACUGCGUGAAAGCUCUCCAUUUGGGGGAUUCGAGAGAAGUCUUGCAAUAACCGAACGCGAAAGAACACGCGUAUGUGAGGGGCGCGUUCUCUUGCGGCUUGCUCGCUUGCCAUAAUUUAGAGCUUGCUCCCAUAAGUUAUGGGAGCUUCGUUGCUAUGGUCCCUCUGUUUCUUAAUUACGUCAUUACGUCUAGUUCUUAGUACUUGUAUUUGUAACAAUUACAUAACGUCCAAUCGAAAAAUAGUUAAAUAAUCACAUAGGGGAAGUUAACUUAGGAGUUAAAUUUCUUUUUCAGGUACCUAAGCGGUAUGAAAUCUUGGGUUACAAUCCUCAUUCCGUAGCCGAUGCAUCAUCUGGAUACGUCCCACCAAAGCUGGUUCGCACCUUAAGAGUUGGCGCCGAGGUAUUCUAAAACAUAUGCUGACAUACACAACAGCCUCAUUGAGCUCUCUUAAGCCCCGUACAAACGGACGCAACGUUGUCGGCCAACAACUCCCAACAUUAUUGGAUGUUACAUGUUACGUCCGUUUGCACACCCUGUUGCAUGUUGUUGCGUGUUAUUGGGAGUUUUUGCGCAAAGUUUGAAACCGGUUAAAGUUUUGAGCCACAACUCUCCAACAUUUCUUUUGUUCAGUGUUAGCCGAGGCGUAGCGCAACAAUGUUGGAUCUGUUUGCACAGCUUUUCCAACAUUGUUGGGGCGACGCACGCUCAUUACACAUGGUCUCCAAAGUGUAAUGGGUUGUAUCCUUUCCACGAUGCACUGCAGAUCCCAACAAUGUUGGACCGACAGUGUUGGGAGUUGUUGCGUCCGUGUCGGCAGUGGCGUGAAAACGGAUGCAAUAACUCCUAACAUUGUUGGACCAACAAUGUUGGGAGUUAUUGUGUCCGUUGCACGUAGCUUCAGGCCUACUAUGCACUCAGUUGGGCAACGUUGAAACUGCUGUAAUCGUUUACCAUUAGACAACCGUUUAGAAUUUUUAAAUCAAAUUUGUCUGUCGUUUUGCGUCAGACACACAUCGGUGGAGACGUGAGCGAUUUGGGGUAACCUUAGGGAGUUUUUCGCACAUUUUUUAGACGGAGAAACAGACGCGUGAAAAGGCUUAACUGUGUAUUUGCAGUAGUGAUGGGCUACUGGUAUUUGUUAUGAUUGUAGUUUCCCUGUAACUCCUAGCUUCGUUUUAAACUUUUUUUUUUUACCUAAGCUAAAGCUUGAAAAAAAAAUUCAGCCUCUAGAAAACUUAGUUUAUCAGUCUUCGCAUGUUCUGAAUUGUCACCUUUUUUAUUUUUAAUCCUUUACAUCUUCAUUAAAAGGAGUUUAAGCCAUUCGUUGUUUGAAUCUAAGUUUGAUGAAACGUAAACUUUUUUUUCAGGACGAGAUAAUAAACUUGGUCAGCAGUCUUCCUCUAACGUCAGUGAAAAGUCCCAGUCCUGUCCCGACAACAGACGGUGGAGAGGAGACUAAGGAAGAGGCUGAGGGUGACAGAGCUGCGAGUCCUAAAAUGGCAAGCCCUAUAAUCGCCACCCCGCAUGAGGACCUACCUACACAGGAGCAUGAAGCAGUACCCCUCGUGGUACCCGCGGCACUUUUUAGACCCACCUCGUAUCACCCCAUGCAUAUUUUUGUGAGUAGUUGCUAUUAUUUUUUAUCGCACAAAUACAGAGAGUUAUACACGUGAAAGAUCAUGGCAGUUUAAAUAUUUAAAAUCAUAGAUUCACUUUCUUAUUUUUAUCUUCUACUGGUGUAAUACGAUCAAAGUGCCCGCUCUCAGUGCUACAAGGACAGUACCAAUUUCCCGGACGUUAAAUCCCCGUCCACCCUCUUUUUUUUUCAGGUUUUUUGUUUGCAAAUUUCUAAGUUGCCGUGACAUGACUGAGAUGAACUGUCAGGUGUUUUAAAAAUCUUCCUCCUGCGGUUCAAAUACCCGAAAUGAUCGAUUAAGCCUCGCUCUCAAAUAAGCGCAGCACCUUUACCGAAAAUAACUUAAUAAGCGGUGCUCUCGAAUAAGCGCUGCGGUGGUAAUUUUGGUAUUAACAAACUAACGCCCCACCUUUGCUACGGCGCUUGAUAUCGCUUGAGAAAUAAGACCUCUGCCAACUCGUGAGCUCUAAAGUUUUAAUGUAGGGAAACUCUUGAAACCAUGUUCAUAUGACGGUUCAAAGUGUACAUAUUUUAUACUUAUUUGUACAUACCAAGUAUGGGCCUCACUUAAUUCUCUCUAUAUUUCCCUCGGGGUUUAGACUGCAAAACAGUCCGUAUUUUUGCGUAUUCAAGUACGCGCGAGCAGUCAAACAAAAGGUGUGGAACGAGGCUGAAAACAGAGAGCAAGACUGGGGAGAGACGCUCGCACGGUUCGCGCGCGUAAGACUCUUACGCCACGCUUUACUGAUUUCUUUACUGAUUUUGAGGAAAAAACCGACUGUUUUGCAGUCUACUCGGGGUUUUAUCAGUAGUUGAAAUAAGUGCCGCUCUCGUAUAGGCGCCACACCUAUAACUGGGAAAAUGAAAUAAGCGCCGCGGCGCUUAAUCAAUCAUUUACGAUACACUGAUGAAAUUUCUUACAUAGUAUUUGCUUUCACACGGAGUUGUAUGAUUUAACGCAUUGAUAAAACUGUAAAACAUUUAUAAAAAUGUCCUUACAGCAAUCAAUGUGCUGUACGUUGUAACCACAUCCAUAGGGAAACAAAACGCAGGCAACGUGGUAUUGAAAUCAUUCUUUCUAUUUUCUGGAGGUCAGACCCACUGGCAAAACAAGACAAGAGCGAGUAGCCAUCACAAACAAAGAGCAGUGUUUUCUUUAUUAUAAACGCUCUUUUCCUGGACAAGUUUUUUGUAAAUGAAUUAACGAUUAUUUUUGCUCCACAGAAUCCCGCACCUGGCCUUCAAGUAUUUAAACCGCCGCUACCUUACGCAGAAGUGGAUGAAGAUUAUCACCUGUGUCCCCUGCCUCGCAACAGGACAACAGGAAAACCAGGAAAACAGGGGAGAAAAUACCUUGAAAGACAGGUGAAUCAAUCUUGUUCCAACCAAAAAAAAAAAAUAUGUUUCCAAUUUCCAAAGAUACUGGAUGGUAGAUACAACUGAGUUUUGCAGGUAAUUCCAACAGACCUAGAGAAAUAUUUGAAACAAAUCUAAUUUGAGGCUUUCAUGAAAGUUGGUGAUCACAUUAUUUAUGAGAAAACCGUGGAAUUAAGUCACUACAACUAAUGCUUGCUCUCAGUGGAGGGACGUUAGCUUUAACAUUAACACUAACGAUAACUCAAGAAAACUGAAGAACCGUAAGCAGGAGUCAAUUGAAGAAAUUUUUACGAGUGUAAUUUAAACUUGUAGCCAUUGGUUUUUAGAACAAUAGCUAUACUUUUAAAUUACACUUUUUAAAAGUAUUGUUAAUUAUACCUCAACGUUCAUGAUAAAAAAAAAUAAUGAAAUGUUUUAUUUAAAAUUUUAUAAAGAGCAAACAAACAUCUUUUCUCUUCAGGAUGUUAUUCCCGGCGUCAUGACUUGGAAACGGUUUCCAUGCCAACCUCUGGUAUCCAUGGCAACAAAUCCCACGCUAUCAAAUGUUUGGAUUCCUCGAUGGUAAGUGUAUAUGCGAUUUCUCUUAUAUAUAUAAAUUUUUGUUUCUUCUCAACAGAGGGUUUAACGUGACUAUCAAAAGAAGUAAUCUACGAGCAGGGCUUUUACCUGUACCGGGAACAGAUGACGUACUUGAAGUAUGUGCAAAACCUCGCAACCUGGAAAAAAUAACUGCGUUUUUUUUUUCACCGUAGGACUGAUCCGUUCAGCAAUGAUCUGUUGCCAACUGAGGUCCCAGCUUUGUUGACUGGUCUCCCUGAUGAGGAUAUCAUGAGUGAUGAUGAAAUGUAAGUCAGAUGUAUCACUGGAUUUUGCGUAGUACUCUACACUUCUUCUGACUUUUGUUUUUCGGACACCAAGCACAUCUCACGGACUGUAGCUAAAUUCCAGGCAAAAACGGAUUACAGGUAUUUGAGUGAAAUAAAUUCCUGUUAUUACGGAUUCUCGCAAUUAAGUUAAAACGACUACCUCACGGCCCCGGUGUCUUUACAUCAGGGCGGCGCCCCGCUAUACAUGUUAGAGUGAUUUAGCAACAGAAAGGGAACGUCAAUUAAAGACUGGAAAGCGCGCAGAAAAGACUGAACCCGACUUCCUGUGCUCAAUUUGUCAUGCAACGUCACACGACGCUCUGGAGCAGCGUUGCGUGACGAAUCAAAGGACUACAAGAGUUCACAUUGAUAAUACUAAUAGCGUGUCAACACUUGAACACGUUCAGACUUGAACCAUAUGGGCAAAAGUGCGUUAGAUGAGAUCUGGUACACUUUUGUGCAACUUGACUUGAGCGUAUUUCGGAAAGUAUGGACAAGUAAGUACUAGUAAGUAAGUAAUCGGCUUUAUAACAGGGUUCCCACAUUGUGGCUCUCCAUCUUUUACUUUAUCUAUCACUUACUUAGGGACGAAGAGGGAGCUGACCCUGGUCUCAAGGAGAUCCCAGUCCCCACUCCCGAAAUGGUUCGAGCCCAGUUUCCCACGGCGGAAAGCAUUGUGAACGAGCAAGAACAGCAAGUGACAUCACAGCUGAGGUAAGCUGUUUAACUUGAAAAAUCUUUUUACUUUUCAGUAACAUCUUUCUCGUUUUAAACUCAGUUUAAUGUUGCUGUUCGUCAUUUUUGUAGUGAAAUGAUGCUACACACAGGUGGAACUACAAAGAUGUCAGCAGCUGCGUCAGCGGCGGUAACCGCAACGUUUGUUCCAAGGUACUGCAGGCUUAAAAACUUCCCUAUGUACUUAAAAGAAUUCAACCUCACGUGUUCGCUGCUCAACCACCCCCCCCCCCCCCAAAAAAAAAAAAAAAAAAAAAAAAAAAAAAUAACAAGAAUUGUUUAUUAAAAAAGGAAAAACAAAUCACAGGACGAGUUUUUUUCCAGUUGGAUGGCGCACCUCACCGCUGUGUAAAAUAACACACCCCCCGAGAAAUUGUAGGGAAGACCAUUGGUUUUUUUUUCUGGGAAUCAGGAAGAAGGGGGGCAGCGGAGUUGUAAACCGGCAUUUCUUGGUGGUGGGCCUGUGUGUGGAGAGGACAUGGCAGCAGACCGGGGCGGCGCCGAGAAUGUGCCGGGGGCGGGGCGCGGGGGCGACCCCAAGCUUUUUCUGAAAAGGCUCCGCCCGGAAAAAACCCCCCUCGAAAUAAAGAAAAUACACAACACAAGUUGGGCCCAUAAAACCCCCCCCCCCCCCCCCCCAAAAAAAAAAUAAAUAAUAAAAUAAAAAUUGUAAAACGAUAUUUAGAUAGAGUAGGAACACUAAACUGCAGGCCUCGGUUGUUUCACGUUGGAUAGCGCUAUCCACCGCCGGGAUAAAUCACUAUCCAUCGGAUAAGUUUUAGGGAAUCCAAUUGCGUUAUCUUUCGAUGGAAAUUUAUCCAGUGAAUAGCGUUAUCCACCUUUCGAACAACUGGGAUCAGGAGGCUAUCGACCUUCAAACUGUCAAGUUAAACUGUAUAUGCGAAACGGUAAUUGAAUUGGUAUGGUAAAUUGAAUGCUUUGAAGAGUGUCCAAAGGGUGUAAAGCCUGUCCUCAGAUCUCACCUAAGAAUUGCUCUGUUGAGGAGCAGUAGUUAUUUCCAGAAAUGCAGGCUACUGAGAUGCAUGAUAUUUUAUGAUAGCCACCACAAAGUGUCCUCGUGAUUAAUGGAUCAACAAAACGCGAAAUAGGCCUUUUCCGAGUUCCAGUUUCUUUUCUUGAACUUUGCAGUCUUUUAGAAUUCAACUCAAAAAAAAACUUCCCAACAUUUGACGAAUUCAACGAGAUGGAACAUUACAAGCGCGAUAAAGUUUGAGGCAGCGUGAAUUUACUUUUUUAAAUGACGUUUUUGAAGCCGUCGCCUUCGUUGUUGCUUAAGUUCCCUACUCUCACUUUAAAAAUGAGGCCAAGUGCAAAGUUUUUCUUGUGAAAAUAAGUUUCAUUUGCAUGAGAAGUAAAAAAUCCUUUUCAUAUCAAUGGCUUUGUACUUACCCUCGCUUUGAAACAGGGUUUGGGGCAACUUAGUCUCCCUCGCAGCCGUUUUUUGGAUGUCACGCAACGCUCUCCCCGAAAGAGCAUUGCGUGACAUCCAAAAAACGGCUGCGAGGGAGACUAGGGGCAACUCGGAAAUUGACAUUUCUGUUAGAUAGAGAGUAAUAAGAAAAUACCAAAUACAUCUUCCUUGAAAGUGGUAGCAGUAGUACUUUUCCGCACCUGCAGAAUUCAAAAUAAUUUUUUUUGCUGUGUGCUAGAAAAAUUCUUGCACUGUAUUGCUCGUGCCGCCAGGAUUGCUUUUCGAGUUGCUUUGAGAAAUAAAUACACAUUGUUUGCGUCAUCUGGUAAUGAUAAAACAGAGCAUUCUCGACACAAACUGACCAGUAGAAAAUUGUAUAAAAAUAGAACAUGGCCACGACGCUGAUUGUUUCUUUAUUUUGCAGGGAAAAGCGGGAAAAAGAGCUAAAUGAAUUCUUGAAGCAGCGACAAAACAGACUUGGAUUAAGAAUCAAACAACGGAUACAGUCCAUCAAUGAUGCCAUGACUUCGCCUAAUCAAGAACUUAAAUAAAACGCGGAAGCGCCUUUGAAAUGUCUUUUCAUGUUAGCACGAGGUUAUUUUGGCCGAUCGAUGCGCGUUUGCUUGCAGCUAGCCGUAAGUGAGGUGUUUUGGCGUAGGUUUAUUUGUCCUCGUUAUUGUGUAAAGGGGGUUUUCUUUGCAUGGACUUUAAUGCAACUGUAAAUAUUAGGGCUGUAUGUACCGUCGUUGCCUUGCUUUCUUUCAAAGGUUUUGUUGCAUGGACGUUUAUAUGCAACUUGUAAAUAUUAUCUUAGGGUUGUAUAAUUAUUAUUGUAAAAAGCGUACACUCGAAGACAAAUUUCAUUUCAUUCGUGGGUUUGGUAUGACAGUCA